AUGAAUUUUUCCGUUUUCGAUAUGGAAGACAAGCAAUCAUCAAUUUACAAAGCAAAUAUCAAUUAUGAAGAAAAUCACAGCAGCGAAGAUGAGGACGACGAAGACCCGGAAUAUGGGGAGGUUGGUCUCCCGCCCGUAUUCCUUUCACGGUCGGAGACAAUGUUUCUUGGAGAGGAAGCAGAUGAAGUCCCACCCACAGGUAUGUAA